UUUUAGUUGGUGAACCGACGGUAACGUGUAAACGUAAAAAUUAUUAAAUAAAAACUAGAAAUAAAUAAAAAUCAAAAAGUUUUGUUGUUUGUUUAUAAAGAGACAUGGUGUGUAUCUGAUAGUGUUCGAUGAAGUUUUAACAUAUAUUGUGUAACGUACAUAUUGUCGCGCUGUUAUACUCGAAGAUGGUUUAUUGAGAUUGCUGGCAUAAAUAAGUAUAUCUAUUGCAUUAGCUGAGAGUGUUUUAAGGUUGUGCACUUAAGUGAUUCAUGAAAUUUUUAUGGUACAGUGAGAUAUGUUUCAACACUGACGAAUUAGCAACAUGCUGCAACGAAUAUUCGGAUUAAUUUUAUUGAUAAAUUAUGCCAGCGCUUUCAUUGUUCCACAAGAAGUCCCUUCACUACUCUCGUUAGUCUACUCGAACAUACCGCCGAUUAAGAAGGGAACUGACUCAAGAGUCGGCUUUGGAUACAGACUCGGCGAACAUGCAGAUUUUCAAGUAGUAUUUGAGCUCGGACCUCAGACCAACACUAAGCCAAUCGGUAAUGCUGCUGGUGAUGAUGAUUCCGAUACCAGUAAACGUAACGUUGAUCAGAACGAUUAUGUAAUGAAAAAUUCACCGAAUCCAGAGGGAACUGAGUGGCUAGCAAACUGGUCUCAAGAUAUGAGAACACAAUCGAAAAAAGCAACACCAAAGCCAGCUGAAAUGGUUGACUCAUCGAAUAAAGUACAUACCGGACCAUUUAUAUCAGAGUCAGCAUUAAGGCAGUUACAACAGUUAUACGGUAAAGCACAAGCUCAAAAUGGAGCCCAGCCAACAUUUCCGGACAGUAUAGGAACAUUACCAGCGGUUGCAAUGGAUGACGUGAUAAAAUCGCUAACAAAUAGUCGUCGAAAUAUUCUGCCCAAUACCGUAAGAGAACCAGAACCUCAAUCAGCAGCAGAUAAAUCGAAAAUUACGGCUGAUUUGAUGGAUGUGGAUUUUGACUAAAAUAAAAAUUUGUUACCAGGGCAUCUGUACAUAUGGGAUGAAUAUAAUUUUCUU